AUAAUUCAAAAGCUUAUUGUGCAGUGUAAAUUUUCCAGAUUUUGCACGCCUUUUUUUCUGUCUCUCUCCGCUAUUUCGCAAUUUGUGUACACAGUUGUAGCCAGUGCGUUUGUCUUCCUGUGAACCCAGGUGUCGAGUACACUCAUAAGCUUUGACGGGAAACAUAGAAAUACAGUCAUUUUACAAUGCAUAUCGUAGCGAUUUUUGUUGCCAGCGAGUUGAUAAUCGGUGUGUUAUCGGCUGCCGUCACAGGCAAGGAGAUAAAAGUCCAUGUUGGCACUUGGAAUGUGGACGCCAAGGGACCUAGGGAUAACGUAGAUGAGUUGAUCGGCCUCAAACCUUCUAGUCAACCGAACGAUCUGAUCCUACUAGGAUUCCAGGAGAUGGUAAGCCUUUCCCUCACUGGAGCUUUUAAAAAAGCCAUUCAAGGAGAAAAGUGGACCGGCGAUCUGGAAAAUAAGUUCAAAAACAAAAAUUAUAUUAAGGUAGAGGCACGCACUAUGUUCGGUAUAGGCUCUUAUGUAUACCUCCUGAACACGCACCAAGACUCACUGGACAAAUCCAGCGUCAAGGUGGAAGAGGUGAAGACAGGUCUUCUCGGCAAAGUCGGAAAUAAAGGAGGUAUCGUUACUUCUUUCAAAUUGUUCGGAAAGGGGUUCACAACCAUCUCAGCUCACUUUCCCGCUCAUUACGAGCAGAACGAAAAGAGGAUCUCCGUUUACAAACGGAUCCUGAACGCGACCAAAGGUCUGACGAAUGAUUUCAUGUUUUGGUUAGGCGACCUGAACUUCAGGGUGGACAAAGAACGAGAGGACAUCGUGAAGAAAAUCAAUGAAAACAAAACGUCUGAACUUUUAGUCCACGACCAACUCAAGGAAUGUCAGAAAAACGGCACGGCGUUCAAAGACUGGAACGAAGCGGAAAUCACCUUCAAACCGACUUUUAAAUACGAAAAAGAGUCUGAUACAUACAGCGACAAAAGAAGGCCGUCCUGGACCGACAGGGUCUUGUAUAAAUCGGAAACCCAGCAAACCAUUACAUCCAAAAAAUACCAACGUUUGGAACACAAGUACAGCGACCACAGGCCUGUCACUGCUGAGUUUACUAUUAAGUUAUAAAUCAAAAUAUUAUGUAAAAUAAAUAUAUUGUCAUUAGUUGUUUCAAUAA